AUGGUUCUGCUCAAACUGCUUAUAGUCACUUUAACUUUUUAUCAGCUCGUUGUUUUGGAUGCUCAGAAAUGCCCAAAAGGUCAAAGACGAACACGUGGUGGAGCUGCACAACCUUGUGAAGACUGCCCCACUGGAUAUUAUAAUCCUGAAGAUAACGAUUCCCACAUCUGCAAACCAUGUAGAAAGUGUGAUAGCAAUUAUGGAAGUGCCGUUAAAGAGGCGUGCACGAAAGAGACAAACACAAAAUGUCAGUGCCGUGGAGAAUUCGUUCCCGCGGAGAGUGAUUCUUCCACUUGCAAAUGUGAAAUUGGAUUUGAACUAAAAUCCGGAGAAUGUUCAAAAUGUGAACACGGAUAUUUCAGCACACGCAUCAACUCGUCCUGUCGAAAAUGGAAAGAAUGUAAAUCAGGAGAGACAAAUGCAGGAAGCAACACCGCAGAUGUCAUCUGUAAUCCAGAUGUGGAGAGUAACCCUUCCAUCAAUACAACCUCCACAUUAAACAAAAUUGUUACUCUAAUUAAACGUUUAACAACUCAGCGUCCAACUCCGAGGAUAAUUACCACCACCACUACUACCCCGACUACCACCCCCACCUCCAUCACCACAGCUGCUCUGGGAUACAGAGACCCCCCAACGAGCAAAGGGCAGCCUCCCCACACGCCAGACACAGCCGCCUACAUUGGUCCAGGUAUGACCCUCCUCAUAUUGGGAAUUAUUGGACUGCUCGUACUGACCGCUGUGACCUGCAAGCUGAACAUUACCUCUCAACCAGCUGUACCACAAAAGGACUCAUUGUGUCGGAGGCCGGUUGAGGAAAGUGGCGAUGGCAGCCUGUCCUCUCUCAAACUGAAUCCUGUGGAGUGAUGAGGUGAAACUCGUGAGCUUUUGACUGUGAAUUGUGAGAUCAGUUAAUCAUCAUAUGAAUCAUUUUAGACUGAUCACUUAUUUCUUCCAUACUCUGUUGAUUUUAAAUCAGAAAAUACAUCAUACAAAAACAUCUACUGUAUCUGUAUUUUAGCAGGUGUAUUCGUAAUUUGCAGUAUAGUCAAUAUUUGACUUUUGUUUGUUCUUUUCUAAUAGAAUAUCAGAAGAAUCAUGUGAAAGAUUUGUUUAAAUCGUACCUCACUUUUUGUCAUUUGAAAAUCAAUUUAAAGUUAAAUAGUACUACUUCAGAUGUUAUACUUUCUUCAGUAAGAUAAUUUUACUCAAAAAAUGUACUUUCUGUGUAACCUUAAUAUUUAUUGAAAAUUUGGAUAUGCAGAUUCUUUUCAUAAUAACCUCAGAAACUAUGCCACUGAAUACCUUACAGUAUUUAAUGUUAACAGUCCUUUUUACUCUUGCUAGAAUUCACAUAUAUACAUAUGUUUUGCUGCUUUUUAAAGCCCUAUAGUGUUAUAUAAUGUGAUAUAAUGGGGCGAGUGACAGGUUUCUGAGAAAUAUACAGUAUGAGCAGGUGGCUAUAGGUAGUGACAAUAAGUACCACUUAUUCAAACAAAAAAACUACUAGAAAAGAAAAACAUUUUACUCUCUUCAUGCAGACUUUCGGUCUCUAUUUUUAGCAUGUUUUGUUUAUUCAGUUCUGUUCCACCGGUAGCUGGGUUGCGGUAGCAGAUCUGUAAAGGUAGAGGAGUUUUUAAAAAAAACAUGCUUAGUGUGUGGGGUUGGGGGAGUUCCCCAUGUGGAGUUAAAUAUGCCUCUUUUUCCCACUGAGAGAUACUUCCUGUCAUGUUUUCGCUUCAGCCGUUGGAAAGAUUGAUGUUUUAAAUGUGAAGACUUUCAUGUUGUUUAUACCUCACCGGAGAGACUUUCCCCAGUUCACUUCAGUCAGAGGAGUUAUGAAAGCAUGCCCUCGUUAUUUGUACUCACUGAUGUUUCACUGAGAAAUCAGAUACAGAGGCCCUCGAAUCUCUGGUGUGGCGUCUGGUAUCUGUCUAGCACUGUGGGACUGAAACUUGGAAAAUGCUUUUAAUUGUUCCACCUGAUUGAGUCUGUUGACAGCGCCCUCUGCUGGAAUACUUCAACUGUUGUUUCCUGUCUAAAAACAGUGGUGGACAAGGUAUUGUGACCCUUCAGUCACACACCAGCAUCAAUACAACAAUGUAAAAAAAACUCCAUGACAAGUUUAAGUCCUGAAAAGUACAGAAGUAUAGCAGAAAAAUGUCAAACUAUGUUAAAUGUAAAAGUACUCGGCAAAAAUAAAAAAAAAAAGGAUAUUAUAUGUUUUAUCAUACAUCACAUACUUUAAUGAGAUUGUUAAUAUAUAUGUAUCAGUGUGUAAGCAGCAUUUUACUGUUGUUGCUGGCCGAAGCAGAGCUUGUUUAAGUUUGUUUGUGCAGUCAGUUAAUUUAGUCCUCGGGGGUCACCAGAUAAAUUGUAGGGGUUGUGAAAUUAUUAAGGGCUCGGAAAUAUGAAGAAAAGAAAACAAACAAUCAGUGAUGCAAAUCUGUUGUCAGCUUUUGUACCUUUCUCUAAUCUUUGAUUUUUUUUAUGUGUAAAAUAUUGGAUAAUUUGAACACUGAAAUCUGAACAGUUUAGAGAGGAAGUGUCCCUUUGUUAGAUCUAAUAUCUCCAAGACAUCUGAAAUGUGACAAGAAGCCCCAGAAAGGAUGUAAACCCUUGAUUUGAUGACAGUGUGUUGCAUUUUUGUAAAUUCAUCAUGAAUAUUUUCAUAUAUAUAUAUAUAUAUAGUAAAAAGUGUGUUUCCCUCUGAAAUGCAGUAAAGUAGAAGUAUUAAGUGCCAUAAAAUGGAAAUACUCAAACUGAGAACAAGUGCCUCAAAAUUGUACUUAAGUAGAGUAUUUAAGUUCCUGGAGUUAGUAUGUCACUCUUAUUGUACUCGUAUUGUUUCUGUCAUGUAUUUUGUCUCUGGUAUUUG